GGGCUGGGAGAGAUGGCUGGGAAGGUUGUGAGCACCACGGUGUCCCAUCACCUGGUUGCUGGCUGCAGAAACAGCAAAUCCUGGCAGCUGAAUUGAAAUGGGUGUCUCUUUUAACCUGAGAGUGGGAUGGUCUGGAGGUAACGACCUGAUCAGGCAUACCGAGUUGCAGCACCUUGCUUUUAAAACGUGGUUCUUAGUAGCGUGGCUUACGUUUAUCAGGCAAGAAGAUAUGGUGGGAGUACCAUUUUUAGGUGUGAAGCACAGUGCUUAAUGGUUUUGUUAGUUGACUGAAUGAUCAGCGUUGUGCGUGCAGACAUAAAGGUCACUGGGAUGUGGCUACGGCAGCAAUAAUUACUGGUUUUAAGAUAAGGCUGGCUGGGAUGCUAAGGAGAUGAUAUCUGACUUGUUUGUGGAUUCUGUGGUUAUUUGCAUAUUCAGUAGACAGGCUACAUCUUUUUAAUUUUCACCGAUCCAGCAUAAAUGGAUGCAGUAGGACGGUGCCUGUCCAACAGACUGUAAGCACCCACCGAACGCAGCAGGCAGGCUUGGAGUUUGCACAGCUCUCCCUUUGCUCUGACAGCACUGACUCGGGUGCUCUGUGCUGGGGAGGCAGGUGCUGGGUGGUUAUCCGCUUCCUUUGCCUUCCAGCACCUAUGGAAGGGCAGCGCUUCAGCUGAGCUAACCACGUGCAGUGAAUACCAGCCCAUUGGCGCAAGUAGCGGGAAGGGGCAGAGGUUGGAACCUGAAGGCUAGCAGCUUCUGGUGCCCUGGUGCUGCCGCUUGCCUGGCCAGCCAGGGGGCCUUGCUGCAUGCAGGGCAAUGAGCAGAGCAGCAGGGUGCUGUUGGGUGGCAGCAGAUAAAUAACGGGAUCUGCUCUGGUCUCAGCUCGCCUCUUCUGUGCUGGUGCGGCACAGUGGUGAGUGAACCUGCUGACGGGAGCCAGCUGGGAGCUAAUUGCCCUGUUAUUGUUAGGUUCCUUUUUCAGCCUCUUCAGUUCCCUGAACUGACGCAGCCCGGUCGCUGGGGUGAAGGGUGAGAUGGCACUGUGCAGUCGGUACGGGCAGAAAUACGUAACAGGAGUACGUCAGCUGUGAGUGGCACUGCUUUAAACUGCCGUGGAACUGCACCCCACCUGAAACUCAAGUGAUGAAUGACGGUUUUCUUCGAAGGAUUGCUUCUCUUUUUUUUUUUUUUCCAUCCGGUUAAACCUUCUCUCUGAAUUCUGUGUGAUUUACCACUCAUCCGAGACGGAGCCUUCUCAGGGGCAUUUCAAAAACUGAAGGUUGUGAAUCAGGAGCUGCCAGCUCUGGGUUGCUCCUGACAGACGUCACAAUUCAUAACUCUAAAGCCUGAACAACGUGUGGCCAUUGUGCACCGGGCUGGGGAAAACACCCCGCCCUCCCUGCUGUAAGCCCUCAAACACUGAGGGAUUAAACCUGGGCGUUUUUAUAGCAAGUUAAGACUGCUUCAUGGUCACUAUCAGCGUGUGUGGAGGAAAUCUCUCACUCAUUCCGUACUGAGAAUGGUAUGGUUUAUUCUGUAAGCUAACUGAGGUUCACAGAUCUGGCUGUGAUGCGCUACAUGAGAUUUUAUUUAGAGAAAAUGCUGCAUUUAAUAUUCUGUAAGCAUGCUUUGAAGGCUCAUUCUCUCACAUAUCUCAGAUCUGUGGAUUGUGCAAUAACCCUUCAUAUGCUUUUCAUGACAUUAUUUAUGGAGUAGCAAAUACAGCAGCGAUGUUAGUUGCCAAAUUGCACGUUGUUGGAGGCUGUUCCUUUAUUGCUGCAUUGCAUCUACUACAGGAAGCAUAAUACAAAUCAGCCUUCACAGAAUGUCACCUUCAUAAAGCAGGAGCUGUUAGAGCAGAUGAGGAGGUGUGUGCAAGUGCAGAGAACUGCUCUAGUGCCUGAUAAAGUCAGCCAGAGGUUAGAAAGGCAUUCCUUCAUUUUUGUGCUGGUUUUUCCUUGGAUGAUAGCAAAGACUUGAGUUGUUGCAGAAAGCUUGCAGGCCUGGUUUGGAUAACUGAAUGAAUGGGCCUUGUGCGUACCACAGUACAAAACCUCCAAGGCUUUUUUGUGAGUUUGUUAACUCACCAUUGGACUGCACUGUACGUGAGCAUAGGAUUAGCUUGUCUGGAGUGUGUGAACUACGAGGGGUGGGAGGGAAGCAUUCCUGUGACAUGCUGGGUUAGUUGCCGCAUGGAGUGAGAUCUGUGUGGGGAAGUUGUGACAGUUUAUCUUUCCUUCCUGUUGGUUUUUAUAACACUUCAGUUGGAAACAAGGGAUUUUCACCCAUCUGCUUGCAGGCGUACGUUUGUUCACCUUAUUUUUAGAAGAUGGGUCCAAAGCUUUCUGUUCCCUGUGGCUGCAAAUGUGAGCUGCUGAAUGAAUGGCGAAUGAAUGGAGCGGUUAUUUCCUGAGGUCUGUAAGUAGCUCGGAUGUUGCUGCUGCAGGAGAAGGCUUUGUUGCAACUUGGGGGGUGAGGGGGAGCAUUUUAGAGCUGCCUGACACCAAGAGGCUUUACUUCAAAGCAAGAACAAGAGCCUGUUUGAAAACCCUUCUGUAGGAAAAGGACUUCAGGUGGGCUAUUGGAGGGACAGUGAAGAGCUUUGUCACUGGGGUAGCUCCAAAACAUGAGGUUUGUGGGUGGAGGUGUUCUCUGUUAUGUAAGAGGAUGGAACUAAAGCUUCAGUUCUUUUGUUGCAGUUUCAGACUUGAAAAGCUAGCGUGCCACCCGUAAGGUAAACCCAUCGUGGAGUUGGAGAUGGCCCAAAUUUAUUGCUGUAGGUUUGGGAGAGGAGUUGCCUUACUCCCGUUACCCAUGCCAUCACGUAUUAAGUGUAGUACAAAGCUGAUAAACCAUCUGUGCGUGGUAUGUUCCAUUUCCUUAAAUCACAGGGCAUGGUCUGGGAGCACCUGGUUUAGUGAGUAAUACUGGGAACGUUAAGGCUUCGGGUCCGCUUAAUCAGCCCAAAUGAGUGCUGAUGAGUGAUAACCUGUGGGUGCUAGAAACUGAAUUGAGGUGAUGUAAUGUUCCAUGGGUCACAAGAUAGCAGUGGCGUUCCAUGAAAGCAUUGAUGAUGAAAACUGAAGACUUUGGUCUGCUCAACAUUGGCCUACCUGCCAUAAAUGAGAAAGCUUCUGCAGCUGAUGGGAGUAUGCAGAGAUGGCUGUGGGGAGUUGUUAUUUCCCAAACUCUGCUUGCUUUUGGAUUAAUUCUCUGCUAUUGUGUUUAGCAAUGCUGAUUAUGAUAUCCUUUAUACUAAGCACUGUUGAUAUAUAGCUCUAACAAGAGUCUUCACAAACUCCUGUGAGCUUAAAGUACUAAAUGCUUUCUUGGUUGCCAUAUCAAAAAUGAUUUAAUAGAAAUGGCUGUGGAAGAAUGACAAAGACAUCCAGAGAUGCAAAAGGCUUCCACAAAUAGCAAGGCUGCAACUAUUCACCCCGCAGAGAAGGAACAGAGUACAGGUUUGCUGUAUACGUGCUAUGGCAAACACAGGGAAAAUAAUUGAAAAUUACCUGUUUAUUGUGCUUUCAAAGAGUUCCCCUUCUGCCUGAUAAUAGGAAAGCAAGUCAUCUGGAGUUCUUUCUGUGAGGAGAAUUGAGAAACUCUUUGCCAGUGAAGUUCGUACAGUUGAAAAUGUAAAUGGGUUCAAAGAGGGAGUAGACCAAGUGAAAUGAGCUGCAGUAUCAGUAAUCAAAUACGGUUCAGAGGUAGUUCUGGCCCAAAAAGCACACACAUACCUUACUGUGGCAGACCAGGUGAGUGUUAGUGAAGAAAUGCCUCACUGUACCAGCAUUGGGGUUUUCUUUGCUGUUGGGUUUCUUUUUUGGAGAGGGAAAUGUUGAGACUGCUCUGAAGAUAGCCAGUAGGAAACAGAAUGUAAAGCUAGAUUGGCUGCAAUUAAGACUGUUUGCAGUUCUUUCUGCCUUGAGCUGUUCUGAGCAAACACCAGCACGUCUUCCUGUCUGCUUUGUUCUUUGGAUCUCAGAACUCCACACCCAGGUUGUGCUGGUGAGUUUUGGUGUUAAAGUAUCUAUCAGUUUCUCCCAGAAGUAAAUAGCCUACUGAAAGGUGGUUCAAAGCGUGUAUGAAACUAAUGAAAAUUAAUGUUAAAAUAAGCAUCAACAGCUCUGAAUUUCUUUGAAAUGUACUGUUUCGAUAACUUUCUCCCCACUGGGAUGCUGUCGUGUUUGUGGAACACAGAAUAUUGGCUGUUACUCAGAGGUACCAAUACAACACGCUUCUGCAGAAGCAGAAUGCUGGUUAUGUGCUGACUGCACACCAGUUCUUCAGAUGUUCUUCCUUUGCAUUGUGUCACGGUGGACCUGUGUGAAGUUCUGAGAUACAAUUGUGUGUACUUAGAAAAAUAAAUGGUUCUUUAAAGUUGGAAACAACCCAGACUUUUUCAAUAACAGGUCAGGGAUCUGCAGCUUUUCUUUACGUUCUGAAGCUGUUGCUGUUCAUACCAUGAGCAGAAGUGAGGUAUGAAAGACCUGCUGCAUCUCACAAGAGGGUAAAGGGACUGUGCAUAACUUAUGAUGUGUUUAAUGCAUUUUUUAUUAUUAUCUUCAUGUAGUGCUGCUAUUACAAACAGAACCAGACGCUGUGUGUGUAACUGCUAUAAGGAAUACCAGGCUACAGAAUGAAGUUACGUGCUGAGAUCAGCCUGCCGUAGCCCUGCUGCAGCUCGUCUCUACGAAGGGCUUGCAAAAAGGUCAGGGUUGUGCUGUGAACCUACCUGCUGGCUGGGAGCUGCUUCCAGUGUGGUGCUGCAUUGCAGUGUGCCCAGUGGUGAUUGUCAUACAGGUUAGUUCUUUAUUUGAAGAGGAGAUUAUGGAGCCCGCUUGCAGUAAUAAUUCUUAUUUUAGGUGAUAAACAACUGCCAACUAUCUGUCCAACGCGUAAUUUAUCUUGGCCUUAGGUAUGGGCUGAGGUACAUAAGAGCAAGGAAGACUUGUGUUUUUCUGUCAGUAUUAAGAUACGUGAGAUAAUGAUUUCUUUCGUUCUUCAGUUUCCUGUUAGAAGUGUGCUGUGAACUCCAUUGCAAGGGUGGAGCUUGGCAUGGGAACUCGUCUGUGCGCAGAGACUGAUGCAGUUGCAGAGAGCUGCAGGGGAAACUUGAGCAUCACCACUGGGCAUCACAAUAUGAGAAAUGAGUGUUGGACGCAGGAGAUUAAAGCUGCUGGGAAUUCUGAUGAUGGUAAACAUUUUUAUCUAUGUGAUUGUGGAAGUCUCAAAAAGUGGCAGCCAAGAGAAGAAUGCGGAGGGCCGUGUUAUUAUACCACAGGACAAUUUUUGGAGGAAAUUUACUCCUCACAAAGCCUAUUGGAACAGGCAGCAACAGAAGCUUGAACUGCUGUACAACCCAAUUCUGAGUCUGCUUUCCAAUAUGACUGUGGAAGAGAACUUAAUUUUGAACUCAAGCGUUCUCAAUUCCUGCGACCCCGACCCGUGGGUAACUUCAGAGGUUAGCGACUUUGCAAGUUUGCCAGAAAGAUUCAAAGACUUUCUCCUCUAUUUGAGGUGUAGAAAUUACUCGUUAAUAGUGGAUCAGCCAAACAAGUGCAAACAUAAACCUUUUCUGCUGCUGGCUAUUAAGUCACUUAUACCACAUUUUGAUAGAAGGCAAGCAAUUAGGGAAUCCUGGGGCAAGGAAAUCACAUCGGGAGAUAUAACGGUCAAAAGAGUCUUCUUACUUGGGCAGACCCCACCAGAGGAUCAUUUUCCUAACCUUUCAGACAUGGUAAAAUUUGAGAGCGAAACUCACAAAGACAUUCUCCUCUGGAACUACAGAGACACUUUCUUCAAUUUAACUCUGAAAGAGGUACUGUUUCUUAAGUGGGUGAGCAGCAGCUGUGCGGACGUCCAGUUUAUUUUUAAGGGUGAUGACGAUGUUUUUGUGAAUACCCAUCAGAUCCUGGAUUACUUGAAGAGUUUAUCAAAGGACAAAGCCAAAGACUUAUUUGUAGGUGAUGUGAUCAAAGAUGCUGGACCUCAUAGGGAAAAAAAAUUGAAGUACUACAUCCCAGAAAGUGUUUAUGAAGGUUCGUAUCCUCCGUAUGCAGGAGGCGGUGGGUUUCUGUACUCUGGUGACCUGGCAUUAAGACUGACUAAUGCAUCUGACCAGGUACUCCUCUAUCCUAUUGAUGAUGUUUAUACUGGAAUGUGCCUUCAGAAGCUUGGGCUUGCUCCGGAAAAACACAAAGGUUUCAAAACAUUUGAUAUUGAAGAGAAACAUAGAAAUAACAUAUGUUCCUACACUAAUUUAAUGUUAGUGCAUAGCAGAAAUCCUCAAGAAAUGAUUAAAAUUUGGACAAGCUUGCAAGAUCCACACUUAAAUUGCUAAAGCAAUGUGCAUAAAUACCUUAAGUCCAAAUAGCUUUCCAGGUUGGAGUCUGACUUUCUUGGUGAACCAUUGAAGCUCUGUUUAAUUGUUCCUUUUAGAUUUUCUCAAGGAACUUUCUUCAUGUACUUCUGAAAAGUGGCAGUAGUCGUACUGAGAGGAUGGCACAAAGACUCGGUCCUGUUUUUUCCACUGUCCUGGUGGUCAUUAUGUUUCAGUAGCAAUCUAAAUUUUAAAGAGGACUGGAAGUAACUGACUGUCAGCUACUGAUGCCUACUGCAGAGCAUCUUUCAUUAAUCGUGAUGGUAGCAGGUACAUUCUUUUUCCUUGAGUAGUGUUUGUGUGUGGAGACCACUGUAAAUUUGAAACUCACAAACUGGGGGAAAUGCUGUUUUACUCUAUAAAACACUUUUAUGAAACUUUAAUUAUUGCUAUAUUUUUUAAUUUAUAGUUUCCAGUCUUUAUGCACCCUGGACAAGGAUUUUCUCCUUUACGUGUCGCCUUUUUUGCAAAGUGUGCCUGUGUCUGAAGGAUUUACCCUUUUAUUAGGUGUUGGCUUUUUUUUUUUUUAAACAAAAAAAGACAUAAUAUGGUUUCAAAUGGCCCAUGGAAGAUCUGAAUGUGUAAGGGAAAGGGGGAGCAAGUUCUGUUUGUGGCUGGGCAGUAGGUAGAGUUCUGCUGCCCACCCUGAGCUUACUACACGGUAAUGCUGACUUUGUUACUCGUGAUAUCUGUGUGAAAGCUACUCUGGUCCAUCCUUGUUCUCUGCUUUGGCACUAAAAGCGAUCAGGUAGCUGAUUAGAUAAACAAAUAACCAAAAUUGCACAUUGCUUUUAAGAGCAUGGUGUGGAUCCCCUGUAAAGCGGUAGCAAGUGUAGGAUUGUGCAGUUCCUAACAGGUUUGAAUUUUGAAAUAAAAUUUGAAGUUGCAUGAUGUCUCAUGUAGAGUUAAACAUGUUCUCGAAUCUCAGAUUUUCUUCUGUAUUUCCACAUCUUGCUUAUGAGAGCUAUUCUAAAUAGUGAUUGCUUCCUUUGUAUAUGUAGAAGUGCCUGUCUAUUUAUUGUUCAGAUGGAAGACCAAAACAUUUUCUUAAAUAUAUUUUGUGUAACAUUUUAUUUGUAUAGUGUCGUCACUCAGAUAUUUAAAUAGAGCAUGAUAUUUUAAACCUGUGAGAUGUGUAAUGUUAAAUAAAGCUAAUUGUUAUUUUUGAAUUUGAAAAAUAAAAUGUGAUUUAAAUAUUU